AUGUCUACUGUUCACGAAAUUCUCUGCAAGCUCAGCUUGGAGGGUGAUCAUUCCACACCCCCGAGUGCAUACGGGUCGGUCAAAGCAUACACUAAUUUUGAUGCUGAGCGUGAUGCUCUGAACAUUGAAACGGCCAUCAAGACCAAAGGUGUGGAUGAGGUCACCAUUGUCAACAUUUUGACCAACCGCAGCAAUGAACAGAGACAGGACAUUGCCUUUGCCUACCAGAGAAGGACUAAAAAGGAACUUGCAUCAGCAUUGAAGUCAGCCUUGUCCGGCCACCUGGAGACCGUGAUUUUGGGCCUAUUGAAAACACCUGCUCAGUAUGACGCUUCUGAACUGAAAGCCUCCAUGAAGGGGCUGGGGACUGAUGAGGACUCCCUCAUUGAGAUCAUCUGCUCAAGGACCAACCAAGAACUUCAGGAAAUUAACAGAGUCUACAAGGAAAUGUACAAGACCGAUCUGGAGAAGGACAUCAUUUCUGACACAUCUGGUGACUUCCGCAAGCUGAUGGUUGCCCUUGCAAAGGGUAGAAGAGCAGAGGAUGGGUCUGUCAUCGAUUAUGAACUGAUUGACCAAGAUGCCCGGGAUCUCUAUGAUGCUGGAGUGAAGAGGAAAGGAACUGAUGUGCCCAAGUGGAUCAGCAUCAUGACCGAGAGGAGUGUGUGUCACCUCCAGAAAGUAUUUGAAAGGUACAAGAGCUACAGCCCUUAUGACAUGCUGGAGAGCAUCAAGAAGGAGGUCAAAGGAGACCUGGAAAAUGCUUUCCUGAACCUGGUCCAGUGCAUUCAGAACAAGCCCCUGUAUUUUGCUGACCGACUGUACGACUCCAUGAAGGGCAAGGGGACUCGUGAUAAAGUCCUGAUUAGAAUCAUGGUCUCUCGCAGUGAAGUGGACAUGUUGAAAAUUAGGUCUGAAUUCAAGAGAAAGUAUGGCAAGUCCCUGUACUACUACAUCCAGCAAGACACCAAGGGCGACUACCAGAAAGCGCUGCUGUACCUGUGUGGUGGGGAUGACUGA